CGUCGAGCCGGGGGUUCCUAGAAGUAAUAGUCCCUUCUCUUCGAGGAGGGUGGGUGCUUUGCGCCCUACUUCAACUGUUGCUGAGGAACUAAUCUCGUCUCAUCUUUAAAAAAACCUUAAAGAUGAAGCAUGAUAGAUUGGAGAAAAGAAAAUCAGGCAGUCAUGCUUCGGAUAUAUUUAGGGACGACGAGACUUGGGUUUAUGAUUCAUCCAUAGAUCAUAGAGGACGAGUUCCUCGCCGUGCUUCUACUGGUGUUUGGAAAGCUUCACUGUUUAUCAUCACUAUUGAAUUUAGUGAAAGGUUAAGCUGGUUUGGACUAUCAACAAAUCUCAUCUCCUACCUCACCGGAGUACUUCAUCAAGAAAUCAAAACAGCAGCCAAAACUGUGAACUUUUGGUCAGGAGUGACAACAUUAAUACCUUUAAUUGGAGGAUUUUUAGCAGAUGCCUACACUGGCCGAUUCGGCAUGGUUAUGGUUUCAUCCUUCAUUUAUCUAACGGGUCUAAGUCUGCUGACAAUGUCGCAGUUCGUCCCUAGUCUAAAGCCCUGUGAUACAACCCCCUGCCGACUGCCGCCUCGAAGGCUUCAUGAAGUGGUGCUUUUUGUUGCCCUGUAUUGCAUCUCUCUUGGAACUGGAGGGCAUAAACCAUGUCUUCAGAGCUUUGGAGCAGAUCAAUUCGAUGACGAUCACCCGGUAGAACGAAUCAAGAAAAUGUCCUACUUCAAUUGGUGGAACUUUGCAACCUGCUGUGGGCUGCUUCUUGGGGUGACCGCAAUUGUCUAUGUUCAAGACUUUUUGGGUUGGGGUGUUGCUGUUCUUGGUCUCACAAUCUUCAUGGCUAUUACAGUUGUCAGCUUCUUUAUGGGGAAGUCUUGCUAUAGGUAUAGGCUCCCAGAAGGAAGCCCUUUGAUCCCUUUGUUGCAGGUAUUUGUUGCAGCCAUAAGAAAAAGAAAGUUGGCCCAUCCUUCAAACCCUGCUUUGCUAUUCGAAGUUCCCAAGUCUCAAGCCCAUGGAAGGCAACUACUUCAUACAAAUAGGCUUAGGUUUCUAGACAACGCAGCGAUCAUAGAAGAGAAUGAGAGCACAUCUUGUUUGCAACAGAAACACAAUCCUUGGAGAUUGACAACACUGACAAGAGUGGAGGAGGUGAAGCUUCUUUUCAACAUGAUCCCCAUAUGGAUAACCUCAAUACCAUUUGGAUUAUGCGUCGCACAAGCCCCAACAUUCUUUGUCAAACAAGCUGCAACAAUGAACCUUAAUAUCACUGACAACUUCAAAAUCCCACCAGCCACAAUCAACUCUCUUGCUGCCAUUGCAAUGUUGAUAUCUGUCGCAGUCUAUGACAAGGUUCUUGUUCCGGUUCUAAGGAAAAUCAACGGCAACGAACGGGGGAUGACCAUCCUCCAAAGGAUUGGAGUUGGCAUGGUUUUUUCAACGGCAGCAAUGACAGCUGCAGCAUUAACCGAAACAAAAAGACUAGGAGUUCAUAAUCCAAAAUCUCUGAGUGUGUUGUGGCUAGCUCCCCAGUACAUAAUUCUAGGGUUUGGAGAUGGGUUCACUCUGGUAGGGCUACAAGAGUACUUCUACGACGAAGUUCCCGACAACAUGAGAAGCAUAGGGAUUGCUUUGUAUCUGAGUGUGAUAGGAACUGGGAGCUUCGUAAGUAGCUUUCUGAUUAUGGCUGUGGAUAGUAUCACCGGAAAGGGAGGGAAAAGCUGGUUUGGAAAGGACUUACGUUCAAGCCGUUUGGACAAUUUCUAUUGGCUUUUGGCAGCAGUGAAUGCGGUGAAUUUCUUCGCUCAUGUGUGGGUAUCUAUACGAUAUACGUACAAAACUGUGGAGAGGAGGAGGGUAGUGCCUGAUAAUGUUUCUGAGUGUAGCAGCAGUGAUCAACUUAUGCCUUGAUAAUUAUUAUGUGUAAAUGAGGAAAUUGAGCAUGCUUAAUGGUUCAUAACGUUUGUCUUGUUGAAUGCUGAACAAAUUUUUUUGAU